GUCGUAGACCUGGUGACACACGAUCACGCGCAUUUCAAAACUUUGAGUUUGGCUUCUUUGAGUUCGACUUUCACGAUGUUGAGAAAUUAUUUGUGCACGUUCUGCAAGGUUUGAAGCUGGAAGUGGAAGGUGCUGUUCUGGCUAGCUGGUCGUCUUCACGCCUUUUUCUCGCACGCGCAGCUGUAGAACAGCUACAAGUAGGCCACUGGCGUUAUCUUUUGAUCAGCUAUAAAUUUAUGUGACAGGUCUGUGCGGCGGUCGAAGCCAAGACAAGUUUAGUUGAGCAUGGAGAUGUCGUCGCGAGUCGAUGCCUCUCGGAGGCGCUCCACGUUGACGCAGAUGACCACUCGCACUGGAGCUCGCGUCAAGUUCUCCGACCUGACCGUGGAUCUGAAAGAGCGUCGCAUCCUUGACUCCGUGAGCGGGUAUGCAGAGCCUGGUGAGGUAUUGGCCGUGAUGGGUCCCAGUGGUUCCGGCAAAACAACCUUGUUCAAUGUGUUAGCUGGUCUACUGCCAAUGGUACGAGGUGAGAUCUGCUUGGACGACCAGCCUCUGGACAAGCGCCUUCGCCGUCAGAUGUGCUAUGUUCUGCAGCACGACCUCAUGUUUCCGUACUUGACGCUAUUCGAAACGUUCAAGUAUGCCGCUCUACUACGUCUGCCGCACACGAUGAGCCACGAGAAGAAAAUGGCUGCUGUCGACGAGGUCAUCAACGUCUUGCAGGUGUCGCACUGCAGGAAUACGAUUAUCGGCAAUCAUAUAAAGCGUGGCUUGUCCGGUGGUGAACGUAAGCGUGCAAGCAUCGGCCAGGAGCUUCUAGCUAACCCCCGCGUUCUCGUCAUGGACGAGCCGACAUCAGGACUGGACUCCACGAUAGCCCACGACCUGCUGCGCACAGUGCAGGCGCUGGCACAGGAUCACGGCCGCACCAUCAUCACCAGCAUUCACCAGCCGUCCAGUCAGAUCUUCCACAUGUUCAACAAGCUAAUGCUGCUCUCUAGAGGACAGGUGGUAUACUUCGGCCCCGGCAAAGACGCAGUUGCACAUUUCUCCAGGCUCGGCUACGAAUGUCCGAUGAACUACAACCCAGCUGACUUUCUGCUUGAUGUUGUGUCCCCCGAUGAUGUCGUGAAGCGCCUCACCAACUUGAAGGCUGACCGUGCAUUAGAAAGUGGCCCAACCAGCUUUGCUAGCACUGACGGAGAUGGCACAGACCCGCUGCUCCCCAGACAUGCUAGUCUAUGUAAGCGCGAUACUUCUACAUCGGUCGUUGUCUUUGAAGGAGACAGCGGUCGAGGUGGUAUGACAACGACUAGCAAAAUCACGGAAGAUGUCGAAGCCGACCCGUUUGAGCCUGCUGUGAACAUAGUUCGAACAGGACGCAAUCAAGAUUCGUUCGACAAGUGGCCAUCUACUUUCUGGAUGCAGCUUUCCGUCCUCUUCCAAAGGUCCUGGAAGAACAGCGUUGGUGACGUAUUGUCUAUUGUAAAUUUCGCUCAGCUGGCAGUCCUGAUCGUCGUCUCAUGUCUGAUCUGGUUUCGCACGCCGAAGACGGAAGGUCACAUUCGUGACAUCACCGGCUACCUGUUCUUCAUCGCCGUCUUCUUCGGCUUUCAGCCGAUAAUCAUAUCCACUGGAACUUUUAUUGUGGAGAGAAGCAUAAUCAACCGUGAACGGUCGUCGGGUUACUAUCGUCUGGCCUCCUACUUCCUGGCCAAGAUGGUGAGUGAUGCACCGUUAAUCUGCGUACUUCCUACCGUCUACCUGGCGAUAACGUUUCCCGUGACUGGCUUCGGUGGUUUCCUGAUGUUCUGUCGACUGUGGCUCGUGUUGAUAUUCGGCGUUCUGGUGUCACAGAGUUUUGGUGUGUUUGUGGGAGCUCUGGCACCUUCCCUGCAGAAGGCCAUUAUCGCUGCAUCUACUCUCAUGAUCUCCUUCUUGCUUGGUGGUGGUUUCUAUGUGUCCAAGUUCUCUCCAAAGCUGGAAUGGAUACGCUACCUGUCCUACAUCAAUUACAUCUACAAUGCGUUUGUCGUCGUUCUCUUUGACGAGAACGCAGUGUACAAAUGUGACCCAGACGUGUUGGGUACGCCGUACGAACAGUGUCGCCUUAACCCCACCAAUGGCACCAUUCGGGGCCCAGAAAUAGCCAAGGAGCUCAACGCACACACGUACACCCUGGACUGGGUCAUAGGUGCCAUGAUCGGUAUCAGCGUGUUGCUUCGCUACGCAACCUACGGCGUCAUGCGCUGGAUACGCAAGCCUGUCGUCGCCUAGUGCCGUGGUGCUGUGUACGUGCGUGUGUAUGUUUGUGUUCCUCUGUGUGUGUGUUCCCCCGUGUUUGUUCUGCCAUGUGCGUUCCACUGUGUUAACCGGUAGAAACGCUUCAUUCCGAAUGAUUUAUUUACCGAAAAGAUCUCCUUUCUCGCACCCCGAUCUAAAUACAUAAGUACUCAUGCAAGUAGAUAGUUGAGCCAUCUGGAACAUCCUGGCAUCGCUAAGAAAAGACCGUAAUUCUACAACGUAACAUAUUCUCUUAGCACCCUUCUGUUAUGACAGUAUGUCAGUCGGUAAUAGUCGCGCAUAAUUCUCUUACAAGUAGCACCAUACUGAGGUAUGAUUAUGACAGUCAGUAGGGAGGUUAAGCUGCGCGUUAUUUUUUGACGCGACGCGAAAUUUAGGCUCGCGUGUUUGGAAAGCAACGCGAGUGACCUGCGGCUCUCGUUGAAAUUUUGGGGUUUUACGCCGAAAUCGGCGUGAAAUUGCGCGUCGCGUCAGAAAUAGCGUGCCGCUGAACCUCUUUAAUAGUAGGAACUUCACCGUGCUGGUGCCAUUUCAGUCAGUAGUAAUAGGAGCGUUUUAACCCACCGCCCGUGACGCGGAUACAUACUGUAAUUUAUUUUUGAAUACUAUUGUUACGUAGUAGCAACAACACUCUGAGCAGGAGUAACAAUACAAUUAUAGGUAGCUCAUGACAUCCACUAUUAUUAAACUUUUUUUCUUUUCUUUUUGUUAGCCUUUUGUGCAUCAUUUCCCUUCUACUUUCUAGUUUCUGUGAAUUUUAGUGUGGCCAAAUUUUGGUACCACUCUCUACUGCAAAAAACAUUUUCUCCCCCGCAAAUUGACGAAAGGGUGCUUCUUGACUAUUUAUUUUGGUGAUAAUACAGCAAGUUUACAAGC